UUUGCUGAUAAUGUAGCUAUCUACAGAUAUUUUUUUUUAAAUCUGUUAUAUAAUUUUUGAGUGUAUCUAUUAGAAACAAACAUAAAAUAAAAUUUUUUACCUUUAUAAUAUUUGUUCAAAUAAAUGAUAAUUAGUCCAUUUUGUCGUAAUAGAUCUCAACUCUUGGCGCGGUCGACCGGAGCGUGGAGUAAGGAGGGCGGCGGAGCUGGAAGGUGGCUGAGAGAACGGGUCCUCUCCCGUGUUUAUACAUACAUAUUUAUCCUCUCCUGUAUCAUGCAUUGGAGAGGUGGUUGGGGAUUGCUGGAUGCAGCUAUUGUCGCUUUACUGCCUAAUGAUGAUGAUCCUCACAGACCGGUCCUAAUGGCAGCGGUCACGAUAUUUUUCUACGUGUCCAUUGCUGGCCUUCGAUCUUCCCGUAAUCUUCUAGCGUCGCCGUACUUCCUUGUCACCGACGGGAAAGAACCCACUUACCUUUUCACUACGAGAUUUAAAAAAGCAUUUCCCAAAAUGUGUAGUGAACUAUAG